AUGGCGUCCCAGCUGAAUUCCUCCGCGAAGAAGAAAGAGGAAAAAGGGAAGAACAUCCAGGUGGUGGUGAGAUGCAGACCAUUUAAUUUGGCAGAGCGGAAAUUUAACGCCCAUUCUGUAGUUGAAUGUGAUCAUGUACGAAAAGAAAUUAGCAUACGAACUGCAGGAUUGGCCGACAAGAGUUCAAGGAAAACAUACACUUUUGAUAUGGUUUUUGGAGCAUCCACUAAGCAAAUUGAUGUUUACCGAAGUGUUGUAUGUCCAAUUUUGGAUGAAGUUAUUAUGGGCUAUAAUUGCACUAUCUUUGCAUAUGGCCAAACAGGCACUGGAAAAACCUUUACAAUGGAAGGUGAAAGGUCACCCAAUGAACAGUAUACUUGGGAGGAGGAUCCAUUGGCUGGCAUAAUCCCACGGACCCUUCAUCAAAUUUUUGAGAAACUUACUGAAAAUGGUACUGAAUUUUCAGUCAAAGUAUCUCUUUUGGAAAUCUAUAAUGAAGAACUUUUUGAUCUCCUUAAUCCAUCUACUGAUGUUUCUGAGCGACUACAAAUGUUUGAUGAUCCCCGGAAUAAGAGGGGAGUGAUAAUCAAAGGUUUAGAAGAAAUUACAGUACACAACAAAGAUGAAGUCUAUCAGAUUUUGGAGAAGGGGGCAGCAAAAAGGACAACUGCAGCAACUUUGAUGAAUGCAUACUCUAGUCGUUCACACUCAGUUUUCUCUGUCACAAUACAUAUGAAGGAAACUACAAUUGAUGGAGAGGAGCUUGUUAAAAUUGGAAAAUUAAACUUGGUUGAUCUUGCAGGCAGUGAAAACAUUGGCCGUUCUGGAGCAGUUGACAAGAGAGCUCGGGAAGCUGGAAAUAUCAAUCAAUCUCUGUUGACUCUGGGAAGGGUUAUUACUGCUCUUGUGGAAAGAACACCACAUGUUCCUUAUCGAGAAUCCAAACUCACUAGAAUUCUCCAGGAUUCUCUUGGGGGACGUACAAGAACAUCUAUAAUUGCAACAAUUUCUCCUGCAUCUACCAGUCUUGAGGAAACCCUGAGUACAUUGGAAUAUGCUCAUCGAGCAAAGAACAUAUUGAAUAAGCCUGAAGUUAAUCAGAAACUCACCAAAAAAGCUCUUAUUAAGGAGUAUACAGAAGAGAUAGAGCGCCUGAAGCGAGAUCUUGCUGCAGCCCGUGAGAAAAAUGGAGUGUACAUUUCUGAAGAAAAUUUUAGAGCCAUGAAUGGAAAACUAACUGUUCAAGAAGAACAGAUUGUAGAAUUGAUUGAAAAAAUUGGUGCCAUUGAGGAGGAGCUAAGUAGGGUUACAGAGUUGUUUAUGGAUAAUAAAAAUGAACUUGACCAAUGUAGAUAUGACCUGCAAAAUAAGACUCAGGAACUUGAAACCACUCAAAAAAAUUUACAAGAAACUAAAUUACAACUCAUUCAAGAAGAAUAUAUCACAUCAGCUUUGGAAAGUACUGAAGAGAAACUUCAUGAUACUGCCAGCCAGUUGCUUAACACAGUUGAAGAAACUACAAAAGAUGUAUCUGGUCUCCAUUCCAAACUGGAUCGUAAGAAAGCAGUUGAUCAACACAAUGCAGAAGCUCAGGAUAUUUUUGGCAAAAACCUAAAUAAUCUGUUUAAUAAGAUGGAAGAAUUAAUUAAGGAUGGCAGCUCAAAACAAAAGACCAUGCUAGAAGUUCACAAGACAUUGUUUGGUAAUCUGCUGUCUUCCAGUGUCUCUGCCUUAGAUACCAUUACUACAACAGCACUUGGAUCUCUUACAUCUAUUCCAGAAAACGUGUCUAGUUGUGUUGCUCAGAUUUCUGAUAUGAUAUUGAAAGAACAGUCAUUAGUGGCUGGAAGUAAAACUGUACUUCUGAAAUUGAUUAAUGUAUUUAAGACCGACCUUCUGAAUUCACUAGAAACAAUUUUAUCCCCCACUGUGAUAUCUAUACUGCAAAUCAAUAGUCAAAUAAAGCAUAUUUUCAGGACUUCAUUGACAGUGGCUGAUAAGAUAGAAGAUCAGAAAAAGGAAAUGGAUGGCUUCCUCAGUAUACUAUGUAGUAAUUUACAUGAACUGCAAGAAAGUACAAUUUCUUCUUUAGAGGAAUCACAGAAGCUAUGUGAAAGUUUAACUGAAGACCUGAAGACAAUAAAGCAAACCCAUUCACAGGAACUUUGUCAAUUAAUCAAUCUUUGGGCAGAGAGAUUCUGUGCUUUGGAGGAAAAGUGUGAAAACAUCCAGAAACCACUCAGUAAUAUCCAAGAAAAUACAGAGCAGAAAUCUAAGGAUAUGAUCAACAAAACAGCAUCUCACAGCACAAAAUUUUGUGCUAAGUCUGAUGACUUAUCUAAAGAACUCAAAUAUUUUAACCAAGAAGGUACAAAAUUGGUUGAAGAGUCUAUGAAACAGUAUGAUAAACUCAAUAGCAGCCUUGAAAUAAUAUCUCAAGAGACUGAACAAAAAUGUGAGGCUCUGAACACAAACACACUUUGUUUUUCUGAGCAAUGGGGAUCUUGCUUAAAUAAAAGGCAACAGGAACUUAAGAACUUACUGGAGGUUGUAAACCAAGGUUGUGAGGCUUCAACUUCAGAAAUUACUGAAAAAUUAAGUGGACAUAAAGCAGCUCAUGAUAGCCAUCGUAACAUGUUCCUUGAUCAAAUAACAACUGAUGAAGACAUACUGAUGUCACAAAGUCUACAACUUAAUGAAACCACAAAAACUGGUUUGACUAAGCUUCACUGCUUUCUGCAACAGGAUCUGAAACUGGAUAUCCCAACAGGUACAACACCACAGAGGAAGAAUUAUUUAUACCCAUCAACACUGAUGAGAACGGAACCGAGGGAACAGCUCAUUGAUCAGUUAAAAAGGAAACAGCCUGAGCUUUUAAUGAUGCUAAACUAUUCGGAAAACAACAAAGAGGAGACUAGUGAGAACUUAGAUGAAGAAAACGCAGUUGUAGGACACACUACUACUGCUGAAGAAACUCCGAGUCAAGAGCCAUGUGUAGAUGUAGGUGCUGGUGUGGACUGUUCAUCACGUGGUGGGGUUCCAUUUUUCCAGCAUAAAAAACCACAUGGAAAAGACAAAGAAAACAGAGGCGUUAACCCGGUGGAGCGGCCCAAAGUGGAAGAAGCUACAGAGCAGUCUGUCGCGAGGAGCCGGCUGCCUCUGCGAGCCCAGAUAAACCUGUAG